GUAUAUAGGUCAAAGGCAUGAUAGUGGGUAAUUUUGCUGAACUGUUGUUAACCAUUAACCAACAACAGCAGCUUAUGAAACUAUUUAGCUUUUCAUAAUCAUAUGAACUGGAAAACAAAGUGAAUUCAGUGGAUACGCUUAAACGGAAGAGACUCAGAACAGAAAUAUAUCUUGUCUGUCAGUGAUGGACCACUUCAAAUCAAUGUUUAACACUCGUGGGAAUCAACUAGAGGAGACAUUUAAACAGAAACUUCACAUUUUGGAUGACUUGAAAACAAAGAUAAACACACUGAACUUAGAUUUUGACAGAAAGCAUCAGACACUCGCUGGUCAAGUAAAGAAACUCAGUAUCAUUACUGAUGAACUGGAAUCCACACACAAGAACACUACAGUGGGCAGUUUGACUGGUGCAGCAAUGGGAGCAGCUGGAGGAAUCGCAUCCAUAGUGGGUCUGGCUUUGGCCCCGGUCACAUUAGGUGUUUCGUUAGCUCUUACUGCUGUUGGUAGUGUUGUUGGAGUAGCUGGAGGAGCAACAGGUACAAUAUGCAACAUCAUUAAUGACGCCCAGCAGAAACACCUACGUGAGACUAUUGAGAAGAUCACCAGUGAUUUCCAGAACACCAUCAAUGCAAUGUUUGAGAAUAUGAGUACGAUUAUUAAUAGCACAGAAUACAUUCAACAGCUGGUGCAGCAGGAUAUGGAUUAUUAUAUACCAGCAAGGAUGAUCCAGGCAGGUGUGGAUAAAGUGAGAGGCGUUUCAGCCAUUUUAGGACUCCCUAAAGCUGAAAUGCCCCCAAAAAGUCAAGGGUCUAAACAGUUUGACAAAGCUGUUAGUUGGACUAAAGACGCUGUCAAAGGCUUCCAGUUCUGUUCUGGUGCUGUCAAAAAAUUAGUUCAUCUUCAGAGGCUGUCAAAACUUUUCAUUUGACUUCAAAGGCUGCCAAAACUGCUCGUUUGUCUUCAGGAGUCGCCAAAACUGCUCGUUUGUCUUCAGGAGUCGCCAAAACCGCUCGUUUGUCUUCAGGAGUCGCCAAAACCGCUCGUUUGUCUUCAGGAGUCACCAAAACCGCUCGUUUGUCUUCAGGGGUCGCCAAAACCGCUCGUUUGUCAUCAGGGGCUGUUAAAACGGUCCGUGUGUCUGCACAGACUGCAAAAGCUGCCCGUUCAGCAGCGGCGGUCAGUGGUAUAAUCUCAGCUCUGUUCGUUGUUCUUGAUGUUGUUUGUAUUGUUCAAAAUUCAAUGGAGCUCUCUGAAAUGAAUCAAUCAGCAGACAAAAGAAAUGCCAAAAAUAUAAGAUCAAACACUUUGAAAUUCAUUCAUCAAAUGAGAGAAACAGCUGCUCAUUUUCAGAAGACUCUAGAUGAAAUUAAAGAUGCAAGAGACGAUGCUAUCGAAGAGUUUAAUAAAGAGUUGAAAAACGACACUUCUUUCCUGCUUAGUCAAAGGCGCAGAGUCAGCCAUAAUGGUCUAAUUUCAAUGAGCAUUAUUUUGAUCAGCAUUGUUCUUUUUUUUUUUAUUAUUCUAUAUUUCUUUGGAGUUCUUCACAAAUAACCGCUUGAUCUGAGGUUUGGAUUUUAUUGCUGUUUUUUUAUUAUAUGUUACCAUGUGUAAUGUAAUGCACCAACCUGCACUGUAAAGAGAAUUUUUCUACAGAGAAAACGAGUUUACCAAAUUACAAAAUUGAACCUAUACAUGUACAAACUGUGUUCAGAGGGUGCGGUGUGCCGACAGAGUCCAAGACGAUAAAGAGCCUUGAAAUGGACUUGGCCCUGGUUACACCUGCUAUUAAGAUGCAUUUUGGUCGAUCAAACCACAAGUAGACAGCACUAAAUACAGGUGUAAAUAGGGUCUCAAAUGUUUUGAUCUUUCCACUUUCAACUACUUCCAGAGGUAGUUGAAAACACAUUUGACCAGACUGCUGUCAUAGGGUGGACACUCAUGUGGUUGAAUGCGUUCAAACAGCUGCUACAGACACCUACUGACCUAAUGUGGAAAUAUUCUUUGGAAGGUUGAAUGGUUCACAAAUCUGUGGCGAGGUUGGGGAUCAAUUCCUAUAUCCAGAACAAAGGUUCAAUGAUGACACAACAAGUGGAAGUUACAGUGAAAUGCAUUAAUUAAGUUAAGAUAUGAAGAGUUCAUUUGCAAAAACCAAUAACUCCAUUUUUUAUUUUUUUUAGAAAUCACAUUUUUUAUUGCGUAUUCCAAGUAAUAUCAAUCAAACUGCAGUUGGGUUGUUUUGAUUAAGUAAUAACUAAACAAAUACAGGCAAUUUACUAAAUUAAAGCUCAUUGAAAGUAUGUUUUUUACAUAUUAAAAGUGUUUUAUAGCAAAAGCAGAUAACUCCAACAGUUGUUUUUGGCUCCACAUUUCAUGUUUUAGAGUAAAAAAACAAACACUCGUUUAAUCUUUGUAAUCUCCUCAGAUGACAAUGUAGAUGCCUGACAAACGUUGUUGUUGUUGUUGUUGUGAUCGUAGACUGUAUGGAUGUGAUUACACACAAUACACAGAGCACAAUUUUUCAAGGUUCCAUGAAAAUGUUUCAGCUUUUAUUUUCCUUUUCCGCCCUAAAGAAGAUGUCACAGGUUCAUCAAGUUUGUCGAAAUUAUCCAUCCUCGAUCACUUUUAGUCAGCUUUGAAGAAACUCCUCUCAGCUAGCACGUCUUUUCAAAGUGAAAGUAGCCUUGUCACCUGACAUAAAUACAGCGUGCUGAUUUGCUAAAAUGGACUUAUCGGCUUCUGUUCAAAAACAAGGGUGCUUCUCGGCUUUUGCAGUAAACCGUGACCUCGUGAUGCCUUGAAAGUGGACAAUACCGGCUUUUUCAGCAAAAUGUGUUUAGGGUUCAGAUCGCGCUGUAUGUAGAGAAUAAUGCGCGGCAAUCGGCUCUUUUUUGUAAGUGCUGUUUAUCGGUUUUUGCAAAUGAACUCUUCAUAUAUUUCUUCAUAUUUUGGAAUCUGAAGAGUGAUUGGGGGUUUGACCUAGUGGGGGUCGAUGUCUCAGGUAAACAUUUGAUAGCAGAAUAUACUGUUGUAUGUUUAGAUUUUGAAAUAUCGACCUCUUCUAACAUUGUCAAUAGUGCAGUAACAGUGUUUGCUCGUUUAGCCCGACUCCCAGAUAACAAAUCUGUACUUGUAUAUAAUAUUUUGCUUGCUAAUACUUAAGGGACUUUCCCCACAAAAAACAGCCUUAGCAUUAAUUUCCACUGUUCAAGAAGAGUGAGCAUUUAUGUGAAAAUCUGACGAAGAGCAUAAGUGUGAGGCUUGAUCAGUUUUGUUUCUAUUCUUUUUAGUUUUUGUCAUCAAUAUAUGAUGAAAAGGGGGGAAUUGUGGAAGAAAUUUUGUUAUUAUGUUAUGGAAUUGUAGUGGAAUGGUAAAAGGGUGUUGGUACGUGACAGGAGGGCCUCCACCCAAAGAUAGAAUAUGAUAAGCAAGUCUAAGAAUGUCGUUGAAAAUACCAUCGAGACUGUAAGAGAGAAAGGAUGCCCUCCCUUCACUGUCACACUCUGCAGACACUCUUGAGUGGCUGCAUGACUGCUGGCCUUUUCUUGCAAGAAAAUAAACCAUCUUUAAAGACAAUUGGACAUGUUUGUCUCUUAUUUAGUGAUAUCAUUUUUAUUUGCCACAACAUGCACUAGCCAGAUGGGAUUUAAACUUUCUCGGCUGAAGAGCUAAGUUUGGUUUGAAGAUGAAAAGCAAGCACAAUGUUCUCUUUCCAUUGUCUCUUAUUCAGUGAUAUAAUUGUAACCAAGUGGUAAAAAGUAUAAAAGUUUGUUUCUCCUUUUGCAUCAUUAAACAUAUUUUAUUUGAAUUUGCUGUUUUCUGUAAAUUUGUAAGUAAAAAAAAAAAAAAAAGAGAAACAGUGAAUACCUGCAUUUUCCUGGAGUCGUCAGUUUGGUGUGUGCAUUAUGCAUGAGAAAUGCGCAUGCGCUGUCGUCCUCAGACAUUUUGAGUGAUGCGCAGCGAGCAGUGCGAGGGAGACAUUAAGACCAUCAAAUGGUAAAUAUAGUAUUUCCUGCUAAUCUUUCUGUUAAAUAUCAUUCUUGGAUAUAUUUUGUUGUGCCAUUUCUAAGAGAUGUCAUAUUUAUAAAGUUAUAUCGUGUACGAGGUACGAUGGUAUGACGUCACACCAUGUGGUGUAGGCCUGUUCAACUGUGGUUUUACAAAAUGUAUUACACUUUUACAUUUUGCAGAUGUUUCAUGUGUUUUCAUGUGAUUGAUACUUUAUCUGAUUAUUUACACAGUGGUACAGCAUUAUGUUGAGGAUUUCAGCCCUCAUAAAGUGAAUGUGAGGUGUGAAAUAGGAGCUCAUCGUUGAGUGAGUGUUAUUUCCUUCUAUUUUUCACAUGUGAAAUGUAAGUGGGUAAUAUUACCAUGUACUUAUGAUGUUUUGUUUCUUUUGUAUAGUAUUCCCACUGCCGUAUUGUCAUAUUUUGCUGUAUAGUACCGUGUAAUUCCGCAUGGAUUUUUCUGGGGUAGUUUCUUUUUAGUGUAUCACAACAUUUUGGUGUUGAAGUAUUUUCUUUUUAUGUUUUUGUUUGACGGCUGUAUUUUUGUAGUGUCGUGUUUUGAUGGGUGAGAGUUUUGUUUUGCAUACACGCUAACGGACUGCGAAACUAAAGCUUGUAGUACUUCAGGAAUAAUUAUACACUGAAAAAUAUAGAGCUGUGAGAUUUAAAUUGCAUCCCCAGCUCUGUGUAUUCUUUCCUGUUCUGUUUUGUUUUGUUUCGGAACUGUUCUUGUACAUUCUUGGAAAACUUUUCAGAACAAAUCAUUCUUUUGAAAAUAUUAAGUGAAUAAACUACAAAGUAGGUGAACCCGCUA